AGAGCACUGCACCUAAACCAAACCUCUUUUCUCUCUGUUGCGUUUUGGAGUCACCACCGGCCAAACAGUUACAACACCACUUCUAAGUUGAAACAUCCCUGUUUCCAACGUUGUAUAAGUCCACAACAUCAUCUCAUCUUCUUUCUCUGUCUGUCUCUCUUUUCAAUAUUUUUCUUCUUCCAGGGACUCAUGGCUGAUGCCACCAAGUACAUUCCCAUAAACUCAGACCCCAAGAGCUUCUUCUCCAUUCCCAAAACCAGAAAAACUCUAACUUUUGCCUAUGCUUUUACUUUUGCCUUUGUUGCUUUCACUGUUUUCCUUGCCUUUUGUCCCUCUCCCAACUCCUCUUCUCCCUUCUUCACCAACAUAUUCUCCUCCACUGCUUCCUCCACUUCCUCCACCACUGCUUACAAGUCACAACUUUCUUCCAUUUUUUCUUUCCUCUUCAACACCACCACUUCUUCCUCUUCUUCUUCCAAUUCCUCAACCGCUAUCACCCAUGGCAGCACCACUUCUAGAUCUACCAACACCACUUUUCAAUCUCCUCCGACAAGUGAAAAGCCUUUUAAAGCAACCCCUUUUCAAAACCACACUCAAACCACCCCAACUGUAAGCAAGAUACCCACCAAUCACACGGCAAAACCGCGUGAUCGUGUUGUGAAUAAAGAGCCAUCAAGUGCUUCCAAUCAUACCCGAGUUUCUGGAACUUCUUAUGAGGAUAAAGCUUUAAACAAGUCAAAUCAUUCUUCGAAUGGUGUUGCUUCUGCGCCCAAGGUUUCAGGGGGAAGUCCCCGUGAGAAUUUGAGUUCUCCCGUGAAAGGAGAGGGAGUUGUGCAUAGUAAUUACACGGCUUCCCUGGUGAAGAAAAAGAAGAAUGGGAACAAGGAAAUGGAUUCUGGGGUGGAGGAUGAAAAGAUUGAGGCUUUGAUCAAGUGUGAUUUUUUUGAUGGGGAAUGGAUUAAAGAUUAUUCUUAUCCUCUCUAUGCACCGGGGUCUUGCAAUCUGAUCGAUGAACAGUUUAGUUGUAUCCAAAAUGGAAGACCUGAUAAAGACUAUCAGAAAUAUAAAUGGAAGCCAAAGGGAUGCAGCCUCCCAAGGUUGGACGGCAAUAGAAUGCUGGAAAUGUUGAGAGGCAAGAGGCUUAUUUUUGUUGGUGAUUCCCUCAAUAGGAAUAUGUGGGAAUCUCUCAUUUGCAUCCUGAGAAACUCUGUGAAAGACAAAAGCAAAGUCUAUGAAGCAAACGGAAGAGUCCGUUUCAAAGGGGAAGCUUCUUAUUCAUUCAUAUUCAAAGAUUAUAACUUCUCAGCAGAGCUUUUUGUGUCCCCAUUCUUAGUUCAAGAAUGGCAAGUUCAAGUAAAGAAUGGAACAAAGAAGGAAACACUUCGUCUGGAUUUAGUUGGUAAAUCUUCAGUUCAAUAUAAAAAUGCAGAUAUAAUCAUCUUCAACACUGGUCACUGGUGGACUCAUGACAAAACUUCCAAAGGGAAGGACUAUUACCAAGAGGGAAGCCAUGUCUACAAUGAACUGAAUGUUCUGGAGGCAUUUCGAAGGGCAAUAACCACUUGGAGUAGAUGGAUUGAUGCCAGCAUAGAUUCAUCCAAGUCUAUGAUAUUCUUCAGAGGCUAUUCUGCUUCACAUUUCAGUGGGGGGCAAUGGAAUUCUGGUGGACAAUGUGACAGUGAAACUGUGCCAAUCAAGAAUGACAAGUACUUGAAGGAAUACCCUCCUAAGAUGAGGGUAUUGGAAAAGGUUUUGAAGUAUAUGAAAACCAAAGUGACCUAUCUAAAUGUCACUAAAAUGACAGAUUUCAGGAAGGACGGUCAUCCCUCUAUUUAUAGGAAGCAAAACCUAUCAGCAGAGGAGAGAAAAUCACCAUUGAGUUUCCAAGACUGCAGUCACUGGUGCCUCCCUGGUGUUCCUGAUGCAUGGAAUGAGAUCCUUUAUGCUGAGCUUCUUUUGAGACAGUAUCAGAAUCAGCAUCUCAAGAACAGAACAUAGGUAAAAAAAAACUACCCUACAAAUCACUUAUAUUGAGUGAGUUUUGCUGAAAGCAGAACCACAUGCAAUAUAUAUUCUUACCCUUUACACAAAAGUAUAGAGAGAACGGAACAUACCAUAUAGAACAAGUUUUUCUAGAUUUGUAAAGGUUCUUCACAAGUUCACUUGUGAAAAAAGAAAAAAAAAAGACACUUUUCUUGAAAGUUUAAACUAAAUGAACUUGUUCAUAUGAAGUAUAGAAGUUAGUUAGAACAUGGGAAAAUAUAGAAGAAUAUUGUGGCUGGUGUAAUUUCUCAUUGUAAACCACCCUCUAAAUUUUGUUUCUGAAGGUUCAGUUCUACUGUAAUUUUCACUUUAUGUGACAAAUUGUUCAGUGAAUUAGUUUGUCAUUAUACUUAUAUUAUUUAUAGGAUUUGAAUAACAACAUGUAAGUACAUUCUGAGUUUGGUGAGAGGAAAUAUAAUUAAUUUAUAUUCUUUG